CACAAUGCACUGCGGAGGAGCAUGGCCGACUCUUGUCUAGGAGUGUCAUCCAAACGAGAAUGAAUGCGCUGUCCCUGUGCCGUAUGUGUUAACAUCCCUUUAACCUCGUCCGGUACUCGAGUCUGUGGAGCCGCUGCGAGGAGCCGACAGUCUCUACGUUGAUAUCCGCAGCACCUACCCUGUGAUAGCUGACCAGAGCCGAGAUGGCAGGAGUUGUAGCCAAGCGUGAGGGACCACAGUUCAUCAGUGAAGUAGCCGUGAGGGGCAACGCCGCCGUGCUGGACUACUGCCGCACCUCUGUAUCCGCCCUGUCCGGAGCAACAGCUGGCAUCCUGGGGCUGACUGGACUGUAUGGCUUUAUUUUUUAUUUCCUCUCUGCAUUUCUGCUCUCCCUGCUGCUCAUUCUCAAGGCGGGACGGCGGUGGAACAAAUGCUUUAAGUCGCGGCGGCUGCUCUUCACCGGGGGCCUUGUCGGAGGUCUUUUCACCUACGUCCUGUUCUGGACUUUCCUUUACGGGAUGGUGCAUGUGUACUAAAAUGAUCUACCACAAAUAACCCUGAAUUUAUCCUAUCUAAUACUACGUAAACCAAUAACAUUGUCUGUCCUGCUGUUUGUAGAUAAGCCAUUAGUGAACGACUUUGGAUUUUUACAUUAUGAACUGUUGAUUUAACAGAUUAUUUGUCAAUAAUAAUAGUAUGCAGAGUAAAAUGUCCUCUUAUCCUCCGUGCUCCACACUUAGCAGUGACUAUGAACUUAUUUAACCUGUAACUCCUGCUCUGUGCUUGGCGUCGCCCGUACCAGGAGCAGUUGUGAUGAUGAAGGUUGUAGUGUAACAUAGAUCGGAACGGAUUACAUCCAGACAAGUUGUAAGCACUUUGCAUUACAUUGCAUGUACAAUACUGUGUUUAAAUGAUAACUAAAUCUGAUUGAAAUAAAUACGUCUGUACA